AUCAGUGUUAGCUGAGCUGUUUCACUGAAUGAAUCCAAGUGACUCUGGGGCUUUCUGAAACGAACAGUGGACCUUGCAAGAGCAUUUCAAGUCUGCUUUAAUGUAUGAAGUCCCAUUGUGAUACACAAUGUCAGAUGAAACCAAUUCGGAGCAGAAACCUUCUACAACAACGGUCAGCUCAGUUGCUGUUCAGGCUGGGGAUGCCAGUAUUGUCAUAGCUGUACUUAAGUGUGGAAAAUGGGUGAAGCUUCAGCUGGCUGAAUCAACACCAAAUAUAUUAGAAAUUGGCAGCAAUCAGGAUGAGACUAAAAAACUACUUCAAGAUCAUGAAUUCCUCCUAUCUAAGCUGAAGGCUUUGGAAGACCAGGUAUGGGACCUGCUGCAUGAAGCAGACAAGGUUGCAGAAGAGAGCGAAGAAAAGAGUCAGGUUUAUGAUGCUAUGGCAGAGACUCUUGGGGAUGCAUGGGAUGCCCUCAUCAUUAUGUUAGAGAAGAGACAGGCACUUCUGGAACUUACUACAGUGUUCUUUGAAAAUGCUCUAGAGUUUGCUGUUAAGAUUGACCAAGUUGAGGAUUUCUUGAAAAAUGCUCAAGAGUUUGACAAUAUUGACUCUUUGAGAGAACUUCUUCUGCAACAAGAGCAUCAUACAAAAGAACUUCUGGAGAAGUCAUUUGCACUUUUAAACAAAAGCCAAGAGCUAACUGAAUUCAUAGAAGAAUUCAAAUGUGAGGGGCCAAAUGCAAAUCCGGAGAUGAUUCAGGGAGCCCACAGCAGCUGCUUGAAAAUUGACAAUCUCCUUGAAAUGCUACAAGACAGGAGACGGCAACUGAACAAAUUUCUUAAACAUCAGCGCCAAGGACUGGAGCAAGUUCUGCAAAUUUGUUUGUGGCACCAACAAGAGAACCAGGUAACAUCUUGGUAUAAGAAAAACAUUGGAGAUUACUUUCAGAAGCAAAACUUAGGCUCAUCUCUACUAGAAAAUGAAGAGUUACUUCAAGAGCUUGAAGAAAUGGAAGUCAAAGUGAAAGAAUGGAAUUCCACUGUGGAACAACUGGAAAGUGAAGCAUUUAGGAUCUUGCUUUCAGAGGACUAUACAGAAAAAGAACAUCUAAAACUUUCAAAUCAGAAAAUCUGUCUGUUACGAGAGGAAGUGUGCUUCCAUAUGGAAGAAAGGAAAGCCCUGCUGCAAGAGGCCAAUGACUUUUUUCACGCUGCUGGCAAGGUACUUGAUGGUCUUGAAGGUAUUGAGAAUUAUUGUAAAAUCUCUGACUCAGAAGGGUUACAUUUUUCUACCUUGACAAUGAAGAAUGAGGAAUUACAGGAAGCAAUCAAAGGUUGCACAGUGACUACCAUGCAAAAGGGACAAACUUUAGUUAAUAAAGCAGAUGCUCACAGCUCUUGGGUGACAGGAAUUCAGAAAAUGAUGGAAUAUGUUCAAAAAAAAGUAGAUCAAUUGAUCAGGCAGUGUCCAGAUUAUAAAGAACUUACUUUGAAGAAACAACAGUGGACUGCCUCACUUGAAGAUCAUCUAAAUAAGGUGUCGCAGUGGAUUAAAAAAAUCACCCUGAUGCUUGCAGCUGGUACGGAGAUUGGCUCGUAUUUGUGUGAGACGGAAAGAGUUUUGAACAAACACCUUGAACUGGCUAAACAAACAACGGAAGCUUCAUAUGAACUGGAAGCAGCUGAGGGAAUCAUCAAAGAUGUGGAAGAAUUGGAACCUGAGCAGGUGGCAGCUUUUUCUAGCAGAAUUGAAUUUCUGAGUAAAGAGCUGAAAAAAAUUGAAAAAAGUAUCAGUUCAAUACUGGAAAUUCUAGAAACUUAUGUGGCCUUUUUAAAGUCAGCUGUAGAGGUGAAUGAUAAUAUCAAAAACCUGAAAGAAUUCUAUAAAUCAAAAAAACUGCAGACAAACAGAGAGGCUGAAAAUAAAAUUGUUGUGGAGUCAGCUAAUACUCAGUGGCAAAAGACCAUAAAGAAGAUUUUUUCCACACAAAAUAUGGGUUGCUAUUUUCUUAAUUUAGUAAAUGUGGUAAAUGAGAGUUUAAUAUUAAAAGUAGAAAAAUCUGUAGAAGUAACUGAAGAUAUCAUUUUUAAUCUGAAUAAAGAAAGGAACGAGCUGACUGAACUUUGGGUGAUCUGGAAUUUUAAAAUUACUCAAGUAAAACCCAUCAAGCAACAGUGCCAGAUAUUCAAAGAACAACUAAAAAUUACUACCUGUGGAUUAGAGAUUCUUCAAGAGGCCCUCCAGCUUGCAGCACCAGUUGACCUUGGAAGUGACCUUUUAAUUGUUUUGGAACUACAGAAAAAGAUUAACCAAAUGAAACCACAGUUUCAGCAACUGAAUGCUGAGCUUGAGUACCUGAUAAAAUUAUUAGAAUUGCCAAGCCUGAAAGGAUUUCCUGUGAAAGAGAAUUCUGAAAGAAUAAGUGAGCUUAUUCAUUUCCAUCAAACAGUAAAGGAUGCAAUGAUAGAAUAUGAUGAGAUUUUCGACAAGACAGUCAAAUUCCAUCACAUUAAAAAAGAACUGGAAUGUCUAUCAAAAUCAGGAGAACUGGAUAUUCCUGAAAUAUGUGAGGACCCUGAAAAUGUGCAUCAUGCUAAAGCCUACCUUGUGAAUUCUCAGGAGAAACAUGCACAUAUUAGACAGCUAUAUAAACUACUUAUUACCCAGGGAGUGGAUAUCUUGUCUUCAGUGCAGCAAUGUAAUUGCUUGAAUGUUUCUGUAAAGAAUCUGAAGCAAGAACUUGCUAGAUUUGAGUGUGAUAGCAUCAACUGGAACUCCAAAGCUGAUAAGUAUGAGGAAGAACUGUCACAGCAUUUCCAACACUGCACCACUCAAGAGGAGAUAAAUGAGCUCAGAGAAUCGUUUAAAGAUCUCAAAAAGAAGUUCAACAAUUUGAAGUUUAACUAUAUGAAGAAAACUGAAAAAGCUCGAAAUUUGAAAGUACUUAAAAUACAGAUUCAACAAGUCAAUACAUAUGCAGAGAAAAUACAGGUUCUUCAGAAGAAGAUGGAUAAUUUAGAGAAGAAAAUCCUUGAGUCUUUUGCAGAUAAACCUAAUGCCAAAGUUAGAGUCCUCUUGGGAUCAAUCAGUGAGUUACAAAAACAACUGAAUGACUUUAGCGUGGUUGUGGAAGAUUACAAGCAAAAUCUGGAUCUAGUGGAGCAAUUGCAACAGAUGAUGAAAGAGUGUCAAUUUUGGUUUGAAGAUGUGAGUGCAACAGUGAUUAGAGUUGGCGAAUAUUCUGCAGAAUGCAAAACAAGAGAAGCAAUAGAGACACUCUAUAAGCAAUUCAAUAAGUUUCUUGAGCCGACAGUGCCUCAACAAGAAGAAAAAAUUCAGCAGAUUAUGGACCUUGCUAAACAGCUAUAUGGUAUUGAAGAAGGAAAGAAGCAUGUUGAAAAAACUGUAUUGAAGUACAAAGAAAUCAUUAGUUCUGUUGAUGAGUUGUGUGGAUCUCUGAGAGAACUUAAGGAGAUAAAGAAAGCUGAGUUUUCUGAAGAGUUGGUUACUGUUAAAAGAGAAGAAAUAAAUGGUCAAGAAGCAUGUGAGACUAUUAAAGACAAAGCUGUGGAGCAAAAGCAGCAGAUGGCUUCGUGUGAAUUGUUUACAAAUUCUGAAAGCGUUGCUGCGAAGAGAAGCAAUACUCUGUCUCCUACCAACACUAAACAGGAGAGGAAUAUAUUGACUGAUAUUCCAGUUAUCUGUCCAGCUGGUGAGGAUCUUAUUUCACAGGAUACAGAGCUGUCAUCUUCAGCCAAAGAGGAUAGUUUACAGACUGGAUUCCUGACAGAAGAAAUACUCUCCGGAGAUGAAUAUGAGUGUAUAUCACCUGAUGAUAUCUCUUUGCCGCCACUUUCUGAGACACCAGAAUCCAACCUCUUACAUUCUGAAACAGAGCUAGAAGAGCAGUGCUGCUGUAGUUCUCAUAGUCUGCAUGUCAGCUCCUAUAGCUUGCAAAUGCAGAAAACCACUAGUAUGAAAAAAAUGGUGGAAGCGUCUGAUCUCUUAACAAAUUCUGCUUUUGCUGAUGCUACAAUUAAUAGAAUAGAAAGCCCAUCAGAUCACUCUGAGAAGUUUUGUAUCUCUUUAACAGAUUCUGAUGCAAAAGCCAGAGCAGUAUCUCCUUUGACUUGCAGUUUACAAGGAAUAUCUGAAACUAGCACUGCUUCCUGCACUGUAAAAGCCAAACCAGUAUUUAGCAUGAUGAGUGAAGUAUGCAAAACACAUUUACAACACCUUGAACUUCACAAAAGCAUGGCAGAAACACAAGAACAAUCGCAUGACUUGAAUAACUGUACUAAAACCCAGGACAGGCUGCAUGCUUUGCCUGAUGCAUUCUCAGGUUUCGUGUUUCAAUCAGACGCCACCAGAAGCUGUCAGAGGCAGAUGGUUACCCGAGAAGAGAUUAUAAGUUCAUCAGAAAAGAACAGCAUGGCCAGCCUAACUGGACAGGCACCUAACUUCUCCCAGAUCCUGUCUAACAAAACCGUCAUGGAAGGUUCUCCAGUAACUUUGGAAGUAGAAGUAACGGGAUUCCCAGAGCCUACAUUGACAUGGUACAAGGAGGGCCAGAAACUGACUGCAGAUGAGCACUUAAAGCUUUUACAAAAGGAGACAAAGCAUGCUUUGUUCAUUCAGAAGGUGUGUGAAAAAGAUGCUGGCCUCUAUGUUGUUCGGGCUAAAAACUUGAACGGCACUGUCUCAUCCAGUGCCCUUCUUCACGUGAAAGGUAACAGGCCACCUAUUAGAAGAAUAGACUGGAUAAUGCUGUGUGUCAUCUAUAUUAGUGUAUCACUAAUGUACUGGCUGUUCGCAAAAUGAGUACAGUCCCAACUGCACCAGACUUAAUUCUCACGUGCUAAGUCAACAUUGAAUUGAUUUUCUUACACUGCAUCUUUCACAGUAUGUACCAAACAACUUUGAUGGCACGAUGGAUAUAUUACUUGUUUUUUUAUUUACCAGUAUUAUGUGCUUAUUUUACUUUCUCAGAGUGAUGUUGACAUAAAAACAGUUAUGAAGAUUUUCUAGAAUCUGAGGCUGAGUUUUGCUUUCUAAAAUUGGUGGCAUUGCAAAAUGUUGGAAACAGUUGUAGGUUUUAAAUGUCACACCCAGGUAGAGUGUUCCAAUUGACAUAUAGUUUAUGAUUUUUUUUUUUUUUAGACAUAGACUGUAUUAUUUCCAACCGUGUAUUUUCUCAUAUACUUUAAAAAGAUAAUGGUAGGAUAAAUCUUCUUACCAUUCAUGAUGAACUGACGUAGAUCAGAUUUAAAUCUGUCUCAGCCCAGCACACAG